AUGCCAGCGCGCCGCAACAGCUUCAUGCAUUUUGAUGCUUUGCAGCAGCGGCGCCACUCGCCUUACGCUUUCAAGGCAGGCAUGCAAUCGGGGCUCAAUUCAAUGGUGCGGUCUUGGAGCAUGUGCUUCGGCACGCUGCGCGUCAAGGUAGCUCGCAGGUUGCCUAUGCGAGGUGUUCAGGCUGUCUUAAAAGGCAUCAUUCAGAAAGCUUCCCUUGACUUGAGCAAAACACGGAGCGUUUCGACCCAACGUUGGCUGCGGUUGGCACAACCAGUGCUGGCCCGUUCAUGCCCUCACAACUUUUGA